AUGGACACAAUUGAAAUCGAAGACCUGCCAGGCACCUCUCGUCUCCUGGAUCAAGGCGAGAUCGUGUUAUCCCCGACGCCGACCAAGUCAGUCAACGACCCGCUCAAUUGGUCCGGCUUUCGCAAGUGCUGGCAUGCUCUUCUGGUCUGUUUUAUCGCCGGCUUUACUGCCGCAACUUCGAACGAUGCCGGAUCCGCCCAAUUCGGCGAGAAUGAAGAGCUCGGCAUAACGUACGCGUCCAUGAACACCGGUGCAGGCGUCUUAUUUCUUGGAAUCGGCUAUGGGACGCUCGUGCUGUCUCCUGCGGCAUGGCUGUGGGGGCGCCGCAGCACCUAUCUCUUCUGCAUCACCAUGGGCCUUAUUGGUGCUAUUUGGAUGACAAAGACCGAGUCAACCUCAGAUUCAAUCUGGAACCAGCUGUUUGUCGGCGUCUCCGAGUCGUGUGCGGAGGCCAAUGUUCAACUGUCGCUCUCCGACCUGUUCUAUGAACACCAACGUGGAACCUUCCUGGGCGUGUAUGUGCUGGCUACCAGUGUAGGUACAUACCUGGGUCCUCUCAUAGCAGGGUUCAUCGCCGACAGCAACCUCGGCUGGCGCUGGAUUGGGUGGUGGGCUGUGAUCAUUUCCGUUGGGACUAUUGUUACCCUCUACUUCACCCUUGAAGAGACCAUGUUUGACCGAGCAGGGUAUGACAUUGAGGAGACGAAUCCGGUCCAGGCAACCGGCGCGGAUCCUGGAUUGGCUCAGAAGCGGCCUGUGUCACCAAACCUCAACAACGAAGCCGUCACUACAGCAGGGGAGCGAGCCGAGUCGCCAAAGAUAUACUGGCAGCGGAUUGCUCUGAUUACUCCCGCGCCCAAUCUGGUUGGAUUCGGCUUCCGGCAGUAUUGCACUCGCCUUGUCCAUACAAUGCGUAUAUUUUCGUUUCCUGCUGUGAUAUAUUCCGGCAUCCAGUGGGGCGCACAAGAUGCAUGGCUUACGUUCUACUUGACCGUUGAGGAUGACGACUGGAGCUCUGCACCAUGGAGCUAUGGGGACGUUGGCGUUGGCCUAAUGAACCUGCCGUGUCUUAUCGGAGCUGUUCUGGGUUGUUUCUAUGGAGGCUACUUUUCGGAUUUGUUCAUGAUUUGGAUGGCCAAGCGGAACGGUGGUAUUCGCGAGGCUGAGCACCGACUCUGUUUCUUAUUUCCGCUGGCGAUCAUCGGACCGUUGGGGAUGCUGCUAUUUGGCAUUGGCACCGGACAAGGCUGGGCGUGGCCUGCGCCCUACGUCGGACUAGGCCUGAUUGGAUUUGGCUGGGGAUGUACGGGUGACCUGAGCAUGGCCUACCUGAUGGACGCGUACCCUGAAAUGGUUUUGGAAGGGAUGGUCGGGGUGUCGGUCAUCAACAACUCGAUCGCAUGCAUCCUCACGUUCACCACGAGCAUGUGGCUGGACAGCCAGGGUGUUCAGAACACCUUCAUUGUGAUUGCUGCCCUGGACUUUGUUUUUGUUGUGACCACCGUCCCCAUGAUGAUCUGGGGCAAGAGCUGCCGGCGGUGGACUAAGACUAGAUACCUAGACUUUGUCCGGAUUCGCGAUUCGCUGUGA